UAUCAAAUUGUCAGCGUCUUAAGAUUUUACCUGCGUUCUGCUGUUUCCAUACGUUAUUCGUAGCAUUACUGCUCUUGGAAUUCUAGACAUGCGAACAGGCGUGGUUUUAAAGUGAAUGCCGAACGCCGCAUAACGAGGAAGCAGAAGUCCAGUAAAAGAAAAGUAGUUUAGUGAAAAUACUAUCCGCUCCUGUGACGAGAGAGAAAUACGCUGCAAUGAUUAUUAUUUUGUGGUCGGCUUCUUAACUCGCGCUUUCAACUGGAACUAGGCUGAGAACUGGGGAGCUCUCAGAAUUUGUUGGGAAUUACAGACCGCAGUUUUCUCGAGGACUCUCCUAUGGGUGAAACAGUUGGGGGUGAUAAAUGCCCCUGCCUGCGCAGCCUGCUGGACAGGUGUUAUGGUAAGCGUCACGCAAGCGAAGUCCAACCUGACGAGACGGAGAACGGCGAAGCGCUGCGGCAGCCGCCGAGUACACCCCGACUCCUGCCACCGCCGGUACCCGCGUCCAAGGGAGAAACUCCGGACGGAGACAUGUACACGGCUCUCUGGCCGUUUCACGCUAGAGCUGAAGAGGAAUUGUCGUUUGAAAUGGGUGACCGGUUUAAGAUACUGAGUCGUACAGGUGAAUGGUGGAAUGCAGCGAAAGUGACUCCCAAUGGGCAAAUUGUGGGCAAGGGAUUUGUGCCCUAUAAUUACCUCGCUAGAGGGGAGACUGCAGAAGCGCAGCCAUGGUACUUUGGGAAGAUGAACCGGUUAGAGGCUGUGAACCUCCUCCUCUCACCUGAAAAUGGCAGAGGAACAUUCCUGGUGCGUCUCAGCGAGAGAGAGCAUGUGGACUAUGUCCUGUCUGUUAAAUCUGACAACAAAGUGAAACACUUCAAAAUCUUGCAAAAUGCAGAAGGGCUGUACUGUUUAAAUGAGAGAAACAGCUUCACCACCCUGAUGGGUCUCAUUGACUACUACAAGACUCACUCCUUUUCCAUCAUAGAGAAACUGACAGAAGGAUGCAGGAGAAAAGAACCUAAACCACAGGAUUUAUCACACUCCACUGUAGACGAAUGGGAGCUUCCUAAAGAAGAGUUUACACUCGGCAAAUUGCUGGGAACUGGAUAUUUUGCGGAUGUCUAUGAAGGACUCUGGAAAAAUCAAGUUAGAGUCGCAAUAAAAGUCUUAAAAAAUAAAGAGAAUGUGAAUUACAGAGAGUUCCAGUUAGAGACGCAGAUACUAAAGAAGCUUCGCCAUAAACAUCUUAUCUCUCUUCUUGCAAUUUGCACAACUGAAGACUCCUACUACAUUGUCACCGAACUGAUGGAAAAGGGGAACUUACUGAAUUUUCUCAGAGGUACAGAAGGCAGGCGGUUGGAUAUGUCUUCACUCUUAGACAUGGCCUGUCAGGUUGCUGAUGGGAUGGCCCAUCUGGAAUCCCAGAAAAGCAUCCACAGAGAUCUGGCAGCACGGAACGUUUUAGUUGGAGACAAUCUCAUCUGCAAAGUGGCUGAUUUUGGGUUGGCUCGGGUGACAAAGGAGCCUUUUUAUAUCUCUGAAGACAAGAAAAUCCCCUACAAAUGGUGUGCUCCAGAAGCAAUCAGCCAUGGGCGCUUUUCUACUAAAUCAGACAUCUGGUCUUUCGGAGUUCUUCUGUAUGAAAUCCUCACCUAUGGUGGAGUUCCAUACCCAGUUUAUAACAACAAUGAAGUUUACAAGCUUAUAACCUCAGGAUACCGAAUGCCUUGCCCAGAAAACUGCCCUAAAUCCGUUUACAACGUCAUGCUGUCCUGCUGGAGGGAUUCUCCAGAAGACCGUCCACCCUUCUCAUUCCUCAGGCAGCAGUUGGAAAAAUUCAACAAAUAUGACAUGGAUUAGAAGGUACCUGCACCAGCCUGGACCUGCCACAGGAAUGGAUCUGACAUCUUGAGCAGAUGCAUUUCAUUUGCCUGGAAAGGAUCUCAACUUUCCAAGAGCAUAAAUCAUAAGACUUUAAACUGGAGGAGGACGUACUUAUUCAUGACAGUUCUUGAUUAUCUUAAACUGUUCUCAUGUGACCAUCUGAUUCUACAACAAGGUGGUUUGGUAUUCCCAUCCUUAAGGAUAAAGAAAUAGUGAUAUAAGCCUUUCCACCUACAGUAUAUAAGCAUUGUACACCAUUUAAAUUUAGAUUUAGUUCAUGUUUUUAAUCUGUGGGUCCAGCAAUCAGUAAGAAAUAAACUUUUUCCUAUGACCUGCAUUAAACCUACAUAUAUCGGUCUUAAUUAUAGUCAGGAUGAAGUCUGUUUUGCUGAAGUACAUUUUUGAAGAUCCUUUAUAAGGUAAUCAUGACCUUGUAAAAGGUACAUCUUGUACAAGGGGAAUUCAAAUGCAAUGUGUUCAUCUUAAAGAUGGCCCUGCAAAGUCCACAAUUACUUUGAAAUGAGGUGUCUGCAGUUGUUGCAAUUUGGUGCUUAUUCCAACUCAAAGUGUAAAAUACUGUAUGUCAGUCUUAUAAAGCCUUAUUAAUGUUUUAGGAGAUAAUUGUAAAAAACAGUGAAAUUGACAGAUUUGUACAAAUGUAUUAUUACAGUUGACAGUAUUAUGAAAACAUACAGACUUUGUAUAACUCUACUGCCAUCAAAUAUCAAAACCAUUUUGGUUGCCUUUCUGUUGAAAUUCAGCGAGUGGUAUAUUUGAAAAAAGUGAGAAACAGUCAAAACCACAACUUCCAUUGUAAAAAAUCUGGCUUUUAUGAAGGCUCUUUGCUCCCUUAGUUUUGUCUUUAUCCCGGAUGACGUUUGGGAUCAGGGACAAAUGUUGGUGGAGCUCUCUAUGACAGGAAGGUCUUUUUGGGGUUUCACCGCUGCCUAGGGAAGCACAGGAGUGCCUAAACUAGUUAAUAUUCUCAUUCAAAACGACUUCAGGUGUAAGCCAUACCGUGCCUACGGUUAUACAAAGUCAUAAAAGCACAAAUACACUGUUUGAUUUUACACACCCAGAUCAUGAUUUUUCUGGUUCUGUUUGGUUCUUACGAUUCAUACAUCAUUAAUGUAAGGGUGACUUUGACAAUCAAUAAAUAAUGCCUAAUAAAUCCUC